UUUUAUUCAGAUUAAUCAAUUGCAAUUUUCAGAAGCUCACACACUUCUCUAUAUAAAAUCCUGGUCUUAUUGAGUAUCCUCCACAACAAAACCAUCAUAAAAACAAGUCUGUUAUACAGAAGAAACAGAAAAACAGAAGCAACAAAAAAAAUGAAAAAUCAAAUUAUGUCCAACAUUCUUCUAAUUUCCUUUUUUCUCAUUCUUGUUUCCAAUUUUGCAGAGUCUCAAUCCUGCAGUCCUAGCGGCGCAAUUCGAGGUACAAAGCCGCCUCCGGGCCAAUGCAAUCAAGAAAACGAUUCGGAUUGCUGCAUACAAGGCAAAAUGUACACUACAUUCAAGUGUUCACCUCCGGUGACCGGAAAUACUACAGCAACAAUGACAAUUAACAGUUUUGCAGCAGGCGGGGACGGUGGCGGGCCAUCAGAAUGCGAUAAUAAGUAUCAUUCGGAUGAUGAGCUGGUGGUAGCACUUUCUACAGGGUGGUUUAAUAACAUGAGUAGGUGCUUGAAAUAUGUUAAUAUCCAUGGGAAUGGAAAAAGUGUUAUGGCUAAAGUAGUUGAUGAAUGUGAUUCUACUAUGGGAUGUGAUUCUGAUCAUGAUUAUCAGCCGCCUUGUCCGAAUAACAUUGUCGAUGCCUCGAAAGCUGUUUGGAGCGGUUUAGGAAUAUCCGAUCCUGAUGAUGUUGGAUCGUUAGAAAUCUCUUGGUCUGAUGCUUGAGUUCUUUAUAUAUGUGUACCUUCUUAUGCAAGUUACUGCUUUUCUAUAUCAGGUUGAUAUGUAUGCCCUGUAACCUCUGCUUUUGCAACUUUUAAAAAUUCAGUGUAUUUGUACUUUAA